CGCCCGCAGUCCUGGGGGGCGGGGCCCACGGUGGCGCGUCGCCUCGAGGCGGAGCCUGCGGGGGCCCGCGGAGCCGCUUGUCUUCCCGGCGGGUGAGCAACCGCUCCGGAGCCAUGGAGAGCUGUGGACCCGGCAGCCGCGGCGGCGCGGUGCGGCGGCCGCUGCACUCGGCACAGGCGGUGGACGUGGCCUCGGCCUCCAGCUUCCGCGCCUUCGAGAUCCUGCACCUGCACCUGGACCUGCGGGCCGAGUUCGGGCCUCCGGGCCCGGGCCCGGGCAGCCGCGGGUUGAGCGGCACGGUGGAGCUGGAGCUGCGAUGCUUGCUGCCCGAGGGCGCCUCGGAGCUACGGCUCGACUCGCACAGCUGCCUGGAGGUGACGGCGGCGACGCUGCGGCGGGGGCAGCCCGGAGACCAACAGCCGAUCGCGGAGCCCGUGCCUUUCCACACGCAGCCCUUCUCGCACUAUGGCCAGGCCCUGUGCGUGGCCUUGCCGCAGCCCUGCCGCGCCGCCGAGCGCUUCCAGCUGGAGCUCACCUACCGCGUCGGGGAGGGACCCGGGGUUUGCUGGUUGGCUCCUGAGCAGACAGCGGGAAAGAAGAAACCCUUUGUCUACACCCAGGGCCAGGCGGUGUUAAACAGAGCCUUCUUCCCUUGCUUCGACACCCCUGCAGUGAAGUGCAAGUAUUCGGCUCUUAUUGAGGUCCCAGAUGGCUUCACAGCUGUGAUGAGCGCAAGCACUUGGGAGAAGAGGGGUCCAAAUAAGUUCUUCUUCCAGAUGGACCAGCCCAUCCCCUCCUAUCUGAUAGCUUUGGCCAUUGGAGAUCUGGCUUCAGCUGAGGUUGGACCCAGGAGCCGGGUGUGGGCAGAGCCCUGCCUCCUUGAAGAUGCCAAGAAGGAGUACAAUGGGGUGAUAGAAGAAUUUCUGGCAACGGGAGAGAAGCUUUUCGGACCCUAUGUUUGGGGAAGGUAUGACUUGCUCUUCAUGCCGCCGUCCUUUCCGUUUGGAGGAAUGGAGAACCCUUGUUUGACCUUUGUCACCCCCUGCCUCCUGGCAGGGGACCGCUCCUUAGCGGACGUCAUCAUCCAUGAGAUCUCUCACAGUUGGUUUGGGAACCUGGUCACAAAUGCCAACUGGGGGGAGUUCUGGCUCAACGAAGGCUUCACCAUGUAUGCCCAGAGGAGGAUCUCCACCAUCCUGUUUGGAGCUGCUUACACAUGCUUGGAGGCUGCAACAGGGCGAGCUCUGCUUCGGCAGCACAUGGACGUCUCCGGAGAGGAAAACCCGCUCAACAAGCUGCGGGUGAAGAUUGAACCAGGUGUUGACCCCGAUGACACCUACAAUGAGACCCCCUACGAGAAAGGGUACUGCUUUGUCUCAUACCUGGCCCACUUGGUGGGCGAUCAGGAUCGGUUUGACAAGUUUCUCAAGGCCUAUGUAGAUGAGUUUAAAUUCCAAAGUAUCAUGGCUGAAGAUUUUCUGGAAUUCUACCUGGAGUAUUUCCCUGAGCUGAAGGAGAAGGGAGUAGAUUCCAUUCCAGGUUUUGAGUUUGAUCGAUGGCUGAACACCCCUGGCUGGCCCCCCUACCUCCCUGACCUCUCCCCUGGGGACUCACUCAUGAAGCCAGCUGAAGAGCUGGCUGAGCUGUGGGUGACCUCAGAGCUAGACAUGCAAGCCAUUGAAGCUGUAUCCAUCUCUACCUGGAAGACCUACCAGCUUGUCUACUUCCUCGACAAGAUCCUGCAGAAGUCCCCUCUCCCACCCGGGAAUGUGAAGACACUUGGAGAGACAUACCCAAAGAUCUCCAAUGCCCGGAAUGCUGAGUUACGGCUCCGAUGGGGCCAGAUCAUCCUUAAGAAUGACCACCAAGAAGAGUUCUGGAAAGUGAAGGAGUUCUUGCAGAGCCAGGGGAAGCAGAAGUACACGCUCCCACUGUACCACGCCAUGAUGAGUGGCAGCGAGACGGCCCGGACCCUCGCCAAGGACACCUUUGAGGCCACUGCUUCCCAGCUCCACAGCAACGUGGUCAACUACAUCAAGCAGAUCCUGGUGCCCAAGAGCAGUUAAAGGCUCAUGUGGAUGGUCUCUGCCUCGUGGGCCUUACAGGCUUUCUGAAGAAUUGUUCUUUCCCAAAAUUGAGUUCUCAAGUCAGUGUCCUGCAGUUUCUGUUCUCUUGGAUCACCUAUCUGUUCUCUGGGCUUAGGUGUCCGUGACACUUGGGUCUCUGCCCCGGUGGGGAACUUCUUUCUGGUCCAGAGAGUUCUGAGGCUAGAAGGCCUCUCCAUGCUCCCUAUAGCCCAGGCUGCAGGGAGUAAAAUUUCAUUCUUUGUCUUUUCAAAUAAAUGUUUUUAAGCAAGAAGUAGA